AUGUCUCGAUUGUCUAAACAACAAUGUGAGCUGCGUACAUUGUGGAAUGUACUUAUUGUGCCACAUUGUUCACCUUAUGACAAGGGUGCCUUUCGAAUCGAAAGGAUCAUUCCGUAUGACUAUCCUUUCAUACCACUGAAAAUAUUAUUUCAAACAAAGAUUUAUCAUCCGAAAGUUGAUGAGGAAGGAUAUAUCCAUUUGGAAAUUUUAAGUAAAUAUUGGAGCCCUUCAACACAAAUAGAACAGGUUUUUCGAUGUCUCAUAGCCGUUGUCAAUAAACCAUAUCAUAUCAGUGUAAAAAGUGAGGUGGAAUUUUUUAAAAAAGCAAUGGAAAUGACAGAAAAUUUCUCUGAGAGAAGACCUGAUGAUACCGAUAGACCACUGCCCAAAGAAGUGGGUAAAAUCGCUAAUAGACUGAGAAUAGAACUCGAAGAAAUAAAAGCAGCAAAUGUGAAGUGUUUUGAGAAAAUACGCGUAAAUGAUAUUUGGACAUGGAAUGGACUUCUGGUGCCCGAUUGCGCUCCAUACAACAAAGGUGACUUUAGGUUCGAAGUUAACAUCCCCCCUGAGUAUCCUCAUGCAUCCCCAAAAAUAUAUUUUCGAACUAAAAUAUAUCACCCGAACGUUAACGAUUCCGGAGAAGUUGAUAUGCGUGAAACCUGCAUCGAAUGGAACAGCACAAGAAAGAUGAUUGACGUCUUCCAAGUUCUUCGCUGACUUCUUAGUGAGCCUGAUGCUAAUCACUUUCGUUUCUC